AUGGCUUUGUCCAUGCAGCGGCUAGUAUCUGCGGUUAUCCCUGCGUAUGGGUGCCCGGAGGGCACCAAGAUGCACAUCCUUAACUUAGGCACUCUAAGUGUUGAUGAGGGAUGGCUUCUGAUGGGCGCCAAUGGGGGUUCAGCCAGCAAUCCCAACCCUGUCAAUAAGCGGAGAGACUUGAUGCUGAUUGCUGGACUGAUCUAUCACCCCGAUAUGGGUCUUACUCUCUUUGAAUGUGGAAGUACGGAGGAUGUACAGAAGCAAUGGAGCAGUGAAGCAACAGAACUGUUCCCUCGCACUUGCUACAAUGAGAACCAUCAUUUGCCUCAAGCCAUCAGCAAUGCCGGCUACGAUAUCAAGGAUAUCAAGGCGGUGAUCAUGGGUCAUUUGCAUUUAGACCACGCAGGUGGAUUGGAGCAUUUCCGUGACACGGGUGUUCCUGUAUAUGUCCACGAGGAGGAAUUCAAACAUGCUUGUUGGGCUGCUGGAACAAACUCUGAUGGCGGUCUUUAUUUAGCGGAUUACUUAGCUCUGGACGGCACUAUCAACUGGCAGACAUUCAACGACUCACAAUUGGAUCUAUGCACGGGAAUCACUCUUUAUCAUUGUCCCGGACACACUCCCGGGCUAUACUACCGAAGCUGGGUCGACAGCGGGAAAUUUAUUCGGCGCUUGCAGAAAGCAUUUUCCGCAAAACUCAUCUUCGGGCAUGACACUGCUACUGCAGAGGAGCUUAUUAAUAAUCAAAAGUACUAUGAGUAG